UGCACGGAACAGCCGUAUGCAGGUCAGGGGCCUCUGUUGCUCAGAGUGAGAAAGGCGAGCGCUCUCGAGCAACGGCCAAGUCGUUGACAACUGCGACUUGGACCUUUCCCAUGCCAGCGACCUUGAUGUCGCCGUUGUUGUAGAUUUUGCCUUGAUUGGUGGCUGCAGAAAGGUGGUUGUGAGGAUACAUAUUUAGGUGCCUGAAUAACUCCUGCGGGACUUGCCUCCCGUUUACGUUGCUGAACAGCUUCCUGGCUGCUGUUUAUUUUUUUUAUUGGAGCCAUGCCGUCUAACCCGAAGGGAGAGGCCAUGCGUGGCCUGUCGGUGUUUAUCGCCGACAUCAGAGCCUGCAAAUCUCGUGAAGCCGAGCGGAAGCGAAUCAACAAAGAACUAGCUAAUAUUCGCACGAAAUUCAAGGGAGAUAAACAACUAGAUGGGUAUCAGAAGAAAAAGUAUGUUUGCAAACUCCUCUUCAUCUUUCUCCUGGGAAAUGACAUUGACUUUGGUCAUAUCGAAGCUGUCAAUUUGCUCUCUUCGCUGAAGUAUACAGAGAAACAAAUUGGCUAUCUAUUUAUCUCCGUUCUUGUUGGAGCAAAUUCCGACCUGAUGAAGCUGGUUGUUCCAAGCAUCCGCAAUGAUCUCUCUGGACGCAACCCAGUGUUUAUUUCACUUGCUCUGCAAUGCCUUGCCAACAUCGCCGACCCGGAAAUGGCUGACUCGUUUCAGAGCGAAGUACCUCGCCUGCUUACAGCCGCUGAGAGUAACGAAGGUGUCAAGCAGUGUGCUGCUCUGUGCUUGUUGAGGAUGGUCCGGCAGAAGCCCGAGGUCAUCAACCACCGCGAAUGGGCAGACCGUAUCACACACCUCGUAACAGAGAAGCACCUGGGUGUUGUGACGGCAGCGACGAGUCUCAUCAAUGAGCUUGUAACCAAAUUCCCCGAGCCAUAUCAGGGUAUUGUUUCGAUCGCAGUCAGCCGCCUCAGCCGGAUUGUCAGUGUCGCGGUAUCUGAGUUGCAGGACUACACAUACUAUUUUGUGCCCGCGCCAUGGUUGUCUGUCAAGCUGCUGCAAAUCCUGCAGAAUUACCCUCCUCCAGAGGAUCCUGGUGUUCGCGGUCGUCUGUGUGAAGCACUGGAAGCCAUUCUCAACCGAGCUCAGGACCCGCCGAAGAGCAAGAAAGUUCAGCACAGCAAUGCCAAGAACUCCGUGUUGUUCGAAGCAAUCAAUCUCAUUAUCCACAUGGACAGUGAGCCAAACUUGCUUGUGCGUGCCUGCAAUCAGCUUGGUCAGUUCUUGCAGCACAGGGAGACAAAUUUGAGGUACCUGGCUCUGGAGACAAUGAGUCGCUUGGCAGUGUCCGAGUUUUCUCAUGAUGCAGUCCGUAAGCACCAGGAGACAGUGGUCAACCAGCUAAAGACGGAGAGAGACGUUAGCGUACGGCAACGUGCCGUGGAUCUUCUGUACGCCAUGUGCGACAGGACCAAUGCUGAGCGGAUUGUUGCUGAAAUGUUGACGUAUCUCGAAUCGGCUGACUAUUCCAUUCGCGAGGAAAUGGUACUGAAGGUUGCCAUUCUGGCCGAGAAGUUUGCAGUAGACUACACAUGGUAUGUCGACACAAUUCUGAAUCUGAUCCGCUUGGCCGGCGACUACGUCAGUGAAGAGGUGUGGUAUCGCGUCAUUCAGAUCGUCACUAACAGAGAUGAUGUGCAAGGCUACGCCGCUAAGACUGUAUUUGAGGCCCUGCAAGCACCUGCUUGUCAUGAAAACAUGAUCAAGGUCGGCGGUUACGUGCUGGGUGAAUUUGGUAACCUGAUCGCUGGUGAUUCUCGUUCCAGCCCAAUGGUACAGUUUGAGCUGCUGCACAGCAAAUUCCAUCUGUGCUCCAGCCCAACAAGGAGCCUUUUGCUGUCAACGUACGUCAAAUUUGUCAACUUGUUCCCCGAGAUGAAGGCACACAUCCAGAAGACUGUACUGCAAAGCGACAGCAAUGUACGGAGCUCUGAUGUUGAAAUCCAGCAGCGUGCAGUCGAGUAUCAGAGGCUUGCUGACGUUGCAUCAGCCGAUGUUCUGGCUACUGUUCUGGAAGAAAUGCCACCUUUCCCAGAGCGCGAGUCAUCUCUUCUGGCAAAGCUGAAGAAGAAGAAGGGUGAGGCGGCUGGUGGCCGUAGCAAGGAACGGCGGCCCGGUGCUGGUACGCAGAGCACGGUAUCUCUGUCUGCUGCUUCCGAGUCUUCUGCAGGUGUGACUGUUGCUGCUCCUGUUUCCACUCCUGCCAACACGACAUUGCCCGUGGCUGCCCCUGUUGCAGCUGCGCCUGCUGCGGCGCCUCUUGCUGAUCUCCUUGGAGGAUCAGAACCUGAGCCUGUCGCAGCACCCAGCCAGCCCGCUGCAGCACCAAGCGGUGGAAACGCACUGGUAGACAUUUUUGGAGCGUCGGACAACUUUGGUUCUCCUGCUGCUCCAGCUGGACCAGGAGCGCUGUCCCCUGGUGCUCAGGAAGGUUAUGAUAAAUUCUGUUCUCGGCUCAGCGGCGUCCUCUUUGAGAGUCCAGCGCUGCAGAUCGGUAUCAAGUCUGAGUACCGACAGAACCUCGGCCGCAUCGGCGUCUUCUUUGGCAACAAGUCAUCGGGACCUCUUCAGAACUUUGUGUCAACCGUACACUGCCCAGGAGAGCUUGCCACCCAGCUGGUAGUUCAGACAAAACCAACCGCCUCGACCGUGGACAUAGGUGCUCAGGUACAACAACUGGUGAAUGCGGAGUGUGCGCAAAAUUUCACAGAACCACCACUUCUGGACAUCCGCUACACGGCGAAUGGAGUUCAAGAGCAACUCACCCUCCUUCUGCCUGUGCACAUCACCCGCUUCUUCGAAUCCACUCAAAUGUCGUCCAGUGAUUUCUUCACACGGUGGAAGGCUCUGUCAAAUCCUGGCCAGGAGAACCAGAAGAUUUUCAAGGCUGCCUUCCCCAUUGAUAGCGAGGCCACUAAAUCUAAGCUGGUUGGUCUUGGUGUCGGGGCAAUCGAUGGCGUUGACCCCAAUCCAGAAAACUUUGUGUCAGCCGGCAUUGUGCACACGACCUCCGCUCAAGUUGGUGUAUUGGUUCGUCUUGAGCCAAACUCGCAAGCACAGAUGUACCGGCUGACAGUGCGAGCAUCACGGGAUACGGUGUCAGCCAGCGUGUGCAAUCUCUUGCUCACACAGUUCUAGACUGCUCAACCACUUCUGGAAUGGACCAGCGCCGGUUUGUCCUCUUCAUGUCUCCUCAGAGUCGCAAUAGCAUCGUGACCUUUAGCAUUGUUUCCAUUGUUCUGCUCAUCAACGUCUUUUAUUCAUCCUUCCCCCGUUGUUUCUUUGCUUUUUUUUUUCUCGCAAGUCGACCCCUGCUUUGUGCAAGAGUCCUCUCUAGGUUUAUUGACUAACAUGACAGCAGCAGUGUCCCAGGAGGGCCAGCUGUCCCUGCCAACAACAUUACGCUGCAUUUGGCCAGUCGUUGCAUAUCUGUUUGUUCCUCUAGCUGUGUACAUCACUGGCGUAUGUGCAGUGUCCUGUCGAUCGCCAACCCAUACCACCCUCUCCCUGAAAGAGGGACUCCUCAGUUUUACCUGGUCAAUGGGAAUGGAUAGUUGGCUGUAUAUAUACAAUGUGUUGCUCGUCUCUUUUCUCGUCCGUCUGCUUGCAUCCAGCCUUUGCUAUUUCUUACUUUUUAGUUUAUUUGAUUAGUGAAACAUUUUCAGAAUACGCAGUGUGGCGAUUUCUUGCACGCUCACAGGUUUCAUGCUCUUGUUUGUCACACACAGUAUUUGCUCUUGUUUCUAUUCGUUGCUUUUACCCUGCUGGUAUGCCAUUCGGGAUUUACUUUGCUUUUCAAAUGCGGAAAAGGGAGCUUGAUGUCUAUUGUCUUAAUACUACAGAUUUUUGUUCGUCACCAGAAUGCUUUAUGUUGCUUGUCACUGCUUUUGUCACCAGUGUAACUGUGUUGUUGUCUUUGCGCAUGUUCUUUUUUUUUUUUCAAUUAUAGCCAUUAUGCGUUCCUGUCCUAAUUUGCUGUAUGCUUUGUUUUUGUUACAUCCAUCAAAUUCUGUCGAUAGGUGCAAUUGAAUUUGAUUUAGAGACUUCUAUCUAGAA